UGAAACCCAAGAUCAACAACAUCAUCAUCACCCUUGACAUCCAAUCCACACCCACUCUCUCUCUACUCUAUCACUUCCCUACACUCUCCAUCACUUAAAACUUCUGCAACAAAGAGGAAAAUAGUAUAACAAAAUAAAAAUGGCUACAUAUUCAUUUUCCAAUUUUACCCUUAUAAUCUUCUUCCUCACAUCUUUCCUCUACUUUCCAUCUUCACCACCUCAAAUCUUAGCGUUAAACAUCACUUCACUUCUCUCAAAUUUUCCUGAUCUCUCAGAUUUCAACAAUCUUCUGUUAAACACUUCUGUUGCUCAAGAUCUAACCCAACGAUCAUCUCUCACUCUUCUAGUUGUUCCUAACAAUUUCCUCCGUUCUUCCGAUCUAGCACACCAUUCUAAUAAUCUCGCUGAUGUUCUGAGGUACCAUGUUCUACUUCAAUACCUAUCUUGGCCAGAACUUCGGCAGAUUCCGGCAGCCGGUAAACUCAUUACGACACUUUAUCAAACAACAGGUCGGGCAAGUAAUAAUCUGGGUGAUGUUAAUAUUACUAGAAAUCCUAAAGAUGGAACUGUUUAUGUUCGUUCACCUGUUUCUUAUUCACCGUUAAAUGUUACCUUAAUUUCAAUGAUAAAAACCCUUCCUUAUAAUGUAAGUAUUUUUACAGUUAAUUCGUUGUUAAUCCCAUAUGGAUAUGAUUUGAUGGCUUCAGAAAAUAGACCACCGUCGGGGUUAAACAUACCUAGGGUUUUAUUCGAUGCCAAAAAUUUCAAUGUUGCUGCAUCAAUGUUAACUGCAUCUGGUGUUGCUCAAGAAUUUGAAGCCGAUGAAGGUGGUGCCGGAAUUACUAUUUUUGUUGCUACAGAUGAGGCUUAUGCAGAUCUUCCAGUUACUGAUAGAUUGCAAUCAUUAACAGCUGAUCAAAAAUCUGUGUUUUUGAAAUUUCAUGUCUUGCAUUCUUAUUAUCCAUUGGGUUCUUUGGAAUCCAUAGUAAAUCCUGUUCAACCAACAUUAGCUACUGAAACAAUGGGUGCUGGUAGAUUUACAUUGAAUAUAACAAGAGUUAAUGGAUCAGUUGCAAUUGAUACAGGUAUUGUUCAAGCAACAAUUACACAAACUGUUUUUGAUCAAAACCCUGUUUCGAUUUUUGCUGUCUCUAGGGUUUUAUUACCUAGAGAAAUUUUUGGGAAAGAACCUAUGAUGAGAUCUGGUAAAUCUGGUUCUGAAGAAGAUAUUGGAGCUCCACCACCUGAUAUUUCUUUAUCUCCUGAUGAUAGUAAUUCACCAUUAUCUUCUCCUAAUGGUGCUCAAAUCAAUUCAAGUAAUAAUUGCAUCAGAUCUUCGUUCAUUUCUUUUGUUCUUCUUUGUAUAGCUCUGUAUUUAAUUGUAUGAAAAUCAUUGUAAUUUAUGUUCAUUAAGUUUUUUCUUUUUCUUUUUUUGAUGAUGGGAUCCUUUGAGUUUAUUAUACAGCGGCUGUAAAACAGCACAUUUUUAUAUUUAUUAUUGGAGAAAUUUAUAUCAAUCAAUUAGGUCACUUUUUGUAAUAGUUUGAGAAGGCAGUAACUCUGGUUUGUAUAAUAAUUAAACUUAGUAAUCAAAAGAAGCAUAUUUUUUGGCC